CAAAAAGAGGUCCAGGCGGAGGAUACAGGUCAUCCUGACGUUAGCAGACAUCUGGGGUAAAGAUUCAAAGAUGAUAGAAGUGUCCAAGAGUACUCCAGGAGCAAUAUUUCAGAGCUGGACUGUAAGACAGCAUUCAAAGCUGAGGGAACAUGGCCACAAAGCCUUGGGGACAGUCUCAGCAAGAGGACGGAACCUAAAAGAAGAUGCCAGUGUUCUUCACAUCUAACACAGUCCAGGAAAAAUAACGGGGUGUCAGGUGGAAACCCAGAGAUCCGUGCUCAGAGGGUAACCGUGAACACCUGUAGACAGCCGCAUCCCGCCGAACAGGAGUCGCCCACUCCACUGCCAGCAUGCCCACCCAGCUGGAGAUGGCUAUGGAGACGAUGAUCCGCAUCUUCCACCGUUACUCUUGCAAGGAGGGGGACAGGUUCAAGCUCAACAAGGGGGAGCUGAAGAUGCUCUUACAGCGAGAGCUCACAGAAUUCCUCACAUGUCAAAAGGACCCCCAGUUGGUGGAUAAGAUAAUGCAGGACCUGGACGCUAACAAGGACAACGAAGUGGAUUUUAAUGAGUUUGUGGUCAUGGUGGCAGCUCUGACGGUCGCUUGUAACGAUUACUUUGUGGAGCAACUGAAGAAGAAAGGCAAAUAAAAAAAAAUGGCUAGCAAGCUAACAAGAGGCAGAAACAGAGCCAAAUCUGCACCUCCCGUGGGUCUAUAUCCUUACCAUGGAUAGGCACAGUGAUAUGACUUCUAUAUGCUAUAUAUGUGUACUUAUUAGCAAUAAGUUAUGUUAACCUUGACAUGCUGACUUCACACAAUUAUUUAUUCCAGGCCUUAGGCCCUCUUGAAGAUUUUCCCACAUUAUUAAAAAUGUUACUAUGAUUUAUUUGUCAAACAGAGAGCAGCCACACAUUUAGCCACUUUUGAAAGGAGACUUGAGUUUGGUGGAUUUUUAAGAUCUCAUUCUUAAGUUGUGUUUUGCUAUUUCUUCCUUACUGAAGAGAUUGCAAGGCUCUCCCCAUAGGCUCUUUUUUUUUUUGGUUCUUUUUUUCGGAGCUGGGGACCGAACCCAGGGCCUUGCGCUUCCUAGGUAAGCGCUCUACCACUGAGCUAAAUCCCCAGCCCCUCCCCAUAGGCUCUUAAUUGUGCUUCAAAUGGCAGAAGCUAUGAGGGGACUUCCUGCAGAAAGGCUGGUAAAGAGAAGGUCGAGCCCUGCAGUUUGGCACAUGCCUUUAAUCCCAGCGCUUGGGAGGCAGAGGCAGGCGGAUCUCUGUGAGCUGGAAGCCAGUCUGGUCUACAAAAUGAGUUCCAGGACAGCCAGGCCUACGCAGAGAAACCCUGUCUCAGGAGGGGGUGUGUGCUUUUCUCAGUGAAAUAGAAUGAGAUGGGCAGAGUCAGGCCUCCAGGUUCAAACUAUAAGAGCUGAAUAGAGCGAGUCUUGGGACUUAGUUGGAAAUACCGCCCACGCCCCCAGGACUGACUGUUUUAUUCUGGAUACCAGGUCCCAGAGCUUCCCCUCGGGCUAUACGGCAUCGAGCCCCGGGGAUACUUGCUUCCUUCCCUCCAUCCUUCCUGGUCUUUCUCCAGUGCUCCAACUUGUUUGCUGCGUCUAAAAUAAAUGACUUGUACAAAA